CGGUAGUUGAAUGUGAUUUUUUUUUUUUAUUAAAAGCUUGUAUUUUAUUAACUGCAACAAAAUUAGUCUAGUGUUAUUUGGUUUGGUGACUUUGGGCUAAAGUUAACUACAUCAUUUUAUUUAUUUGACCAUCAGUGUGUCCAUAGAUGCUACUUCACCGAGGAUUCUUUCAACCUGCUUGAAGAACUCCUCAAAACGACUUCUUCAUCAGCGAGGGAGCACCGAAUGGCCACUGCAGAGAAAAUUUUCAUGAGGCAGUUUGUGCUCCUGGCCAUGGAAAACCGAGUCCCACCGUGCCUGUUGCCGAAAGACAUGAAGGCGUGGUUGAUAAAGAAAAGACAAUUCCAGCAAGAGUACAAGGAGAUGGAAAAGAGUGUAGAUCCCAGAAUGCUUCAGAUGAUUCAAGUGGCCUGGACAAUAACACGGAUCCUAAACUUGAAUAAGCUUCAGGCUGAAGUCUACAUGGAACUAACGGAAGAGGCACGCCUAUCGCGAUUGCUCAGUAGGAAGGUCACGCUUGAAGGCCUCCGAAAGUUCUGGAUACUACUGCUGCCUCAAGCCGAACGAGACACAGAGGCUUUCCUCAGCCAACUUUGCAACAAGCUUCUGAUGUUACUGAACAAGACCCAGAUGACCAUGGCAGAAAGACUAGAUCUUUGCCCACUGUUCCACAGUGCUACUAGGUCCCUGGUGCUGCGUAUCAUAGAAACGACUCUGAACAAGCUUCUGGAGGAGCUGGGGCCACCCGCCAAAGAGAAAACCAUCAGCGCGACUUUGCCGCAAAGAUCUGCCAAUGCCAGCAAGGCCAUCGGCAUGAUGCUGGUCAACGCUCUGGGUCCGAUCCCAGUCUUGCGUCAAUACGUGGCACAAGGUCAACUCUGCUGCUUCUGCACUGCCGCCGCUUGCGACAUAACCCAAAACUUGUUCCAAAGGUUUGUUGAGGGCUCUGUAAACUACGACACCAUGGACUAUGAUGGAACCUGUUGGGUUCACAACAUUUUUCUGAAAAGAAUCUCAGAGGCAGGAUAUAUCUCUUUUGGCGAGCGAUCAUCUGAAGAUGGGCUCAAUCCCAGACACAGCGAGUGUGGUUGGGAUCUGCGCCCUUCCUUCAGUUUGGUCGUGCCUUUUAUUGAGGAACAAACAAAGGGGCAAGUGUACAUGUACAUGAAUGCAUAGCUUCUUUAUCCGGGAAGGACAUUCCACAAUUACAUCUCAUGACCACCGUGCAACAGCGAUACUAUUAGGACAGAAGCGGUAUGGUCGUCUCAUGACUUUAGCAAGACAAAAGACGUAGUCUUAGUGCUCAUGGGAUGGAUACCUCUGUUGGAGUUCUCAUGACUUCUACUUAAAUAAGAUGUUUGUCUGCUUCGGCCAUCCCAUUACAACCUCAUGAUCUGUUCAUGGCUAGCUAACUAUGGGUCUCAUUGUAUAGCGUGGCUCGUGACUCCAUACAUGAGCUCCUUAGCCAGCCAUCUGCUCCCAAGUCAUUAUUACAAGGCCAAACUGUCACAUGCUGCGGAGAAUCUUGCACACAUAAGUAGAUACAUAGAAUCCAAUGAUAAAAAGUAUAUUUUUCCCAACAUUCCCCCCUGUUUAACAUUGGAAUUCAUGGGAAAACAAAACAUCAACUAAUAACUACAUAUGUGUAUAAAUGAGUAUAUGCCUACACGAUAUAGUAUAGUAACAUCAAAAAGUAUGAAAGUUUACAUUCCAGAGUUUAUCAGAACUACAGCUCUCCAUUCGGCUUUGGCCAUGUUCGUCAUAAUGGAAUGUAUUUUGUUCUGGACCAUCAAAAAGAAAACAAAUAGGUAGGCGAUCUACGCAAGGUGGUCCCACUCAUCUUGUUCACGCUGGACCAACAUGACAUUCUGGACAGCAAAGGCUGAUGUCAACAUCUUAGUCAUCAUGUGACGAAUACAAGGAAUGAUGCAUGAUCUAAAAAUACAGAGAAAUAACAGUAUGGCAACUAAAAGAACUGCGACUUUCAAGAGAAGUUGCCUCCAAUCGCCAUAAAACAGCCACCAAAAGGGAUGGCCAUCCUUGGCUGGAGUUUCGUCCUGGGACAUAGCCCUACGGAGGUUCCGAAGUCCUUGUAGAGCAUACUCGAUGUGGGUGUCAUUUUCUCCUGGGAUGUAGGUACAACAGGAGGUACCAACUAUUUCACACACACCUCCUUUUUCGGCAGUCAGGAGGUCCAAAACCAUUCGGGACUGUAGUGCCAUUAGUCUCAGGGCUUGCAGUUCCGACUGGUAACCUGUAAGGGCCUCUAGAGUAAAAUUGGCAAAGGUCUUCAACAUGUAGUCCAUAGUCUCUAUCCGGAGAAUAGUCUUAGCCACACCCGCCUGUGGGAAGAGUGUGAGUGCCACCUUUUGUCCUGUGCUCCAAAGCUUGUAUUCAUCUGGUACGUCUGAGCCCCAGACACUGUUGUAGGGUCGGAGGGUGGGAGCAACAGCUGCACGUGUCUUUCGCUGAUGAUGUUCCUGAAUAUGUGUCAGACUGAGGAACACAGUGUGAUCUGACACAUAUACGGGGGCACAUGUGCCAUCCCAUCGUCCUGGAAGGACUGCGUAGCCUCGGCGACCACAGAGCCACCAUCCCCGUUCGAUGAUAGAGUGGGGAUUUUUGCCUCCUGCUAGGACUUGUUUGAUUGUUUCUGUGGUAUACAUCAAGGUCUCGUCGGUAGGUUCUAGAAGUGAGGUGGUGAUGCAGCGUUUUGUUUCUCCCACCUUUAUUCCAUCAACACGUCUUCGUCGGAAGCACAGGAGAUGUGAUGUGAGAUGGUUUCACUCACUUCGAGAGUCACUGGUGCGGAUGUGACGACAGAAAUUCUUGACACUAUUGUGAAUGGCUUUGAGAUGGUUGCAACAGGGAUAGGCGGCUAGUUGUGCCUCAGUAGUUCCCGACCGUCUGAGUCCUUUGAGGGGAUUGAACCCAAAAGCCCUUAGUAUUGCGAAACACCAUGCAUCUUUCUCCGGCAUGGGUCGGGCAUGUAGGACAGGCUGUUGACUUGAUCGUGGCAUGAUGGAACAUACAUAAGAUUUAGUUUGAUUGUAUGUCAAACUAUAAUUGACACCCCCUUUGUAGCCAGACUUCGCCCUGACCGGGGCCUAGGAGCUAAGCACUCUCUGCAGCUUACAGUGGCUGAGAUGUAUCCAGCUGGGUCUUUCUGCAAUCUUGACAGCUGUGGGUGUGGCGAGUAGGAUUCGGAAUGGUCCCUCCCACCGGGGUGAAGACCACGUUUUUCUUUUGAUUAUAGUCCCAAUGAUCGUCACACACACACCUGGGUGUGGUGAAAUUUGUCCUCUGCAUUUAACCCAUCCCCGUGUGAUUUUAAUCCAUCCCCUGGGGGAGAGGGGAGCAGUGAGCAGCAGCGGUGCCGCGCUCGGGAAUCAGUUGGUGAUCUAACCCCCCAAUUCCAACCCUUAAUGCUGAGUGCCAAGCAGGGAAGCAAUGGGUCCCAUUUUUAUAGUCUUUGGUAUGACCCGGCCGGGGUUUGAACCCACAACCUUCCGGUCUCAGGGCGGACACUCUACCACUAGGCCACUGAGCUGGAUAGCCACUGAGCUGGAUAUUACUGGAUUACUUUGAUGAAGACCCAGUCACCUGGUUUCGCUUUUAUAUAGCACAUUUCAUACACAGAGGCAAUUCAAAGUGCUUUACAAAACAAAUUAUUGAAAGCAGGUGAAGCAAAGCAUAGCAUUUACGGUAUUUUCCGCCCUAUAAGGCGCACCUAAAAACCUAAUUUUUUAUCAAAAGUCGACAGUGCGCCUUAUAGUCCGAUGCGCCUUAUAUAUGGAUUAAGUGAUGAAUUUGUUGAUCCAUACUGGUUGUACACAGUGCUCUCCCAAAAUGUUUUAGUACGUUUUAGUACGACUAGUAAAUUACAAGGUUGCAUCGCUUCCCAACGUUACGGUAACUGUAGUCAGGGGGCGUCACCGAAUAGCUGUUGUACCCGCGAGGCUAUUUCAUUUCAAAAUAGGCUGCUGCGUUAAUGUUUCGAGUAAAUAUACGGAUCGAUAUGGAAGGGAAACAUAGGUAAGUAGU